CACUCAUCAUCUUUCAAAAAAAAAAAAACUCUCUCACUCAUCAAUUUAACUUGCCUCCUCUUCCUUCAUCCUUAUCCUAAUCUCUUCUCACUUCCCAAUUCUUCUCAAUUAACCAAUAUAUCACUCACCCUUUCUAGUUAAGCAAAUCAAACAUUUUAUACAACCGCCAUUAUUUUGGUAACAUGAUUAAUAUAUAUAUAUAGUCUUAGCAACAGCUACCUAUAACCAACUAUAAAGCCUAGUUCACAAAAAAAAAAAAAAAACUAAGCCUUUCCAUUUUUUUGACUCAAUUAAAGCUUUUCCAUUGAAGUUAUAUAUAUUUUUUUACUCAACCAUCUAACUUUAUAUAUUUAUAGUACAAUAUAUAGUACCCUGCCUAAUUAAACACAAUCAUAUAUAUAUAUAUAUAUAUAUUGUUGUAUUAAGAGAUGGGUAAUGGUGAUUAUGCUUACCCUUCAAGCAUGAACGUUGAGAGUGUGCACCGUGUGGCUAUACCACCACAUCAACCAUUUUUUGAGUCUCUAAAGUAUUCUGUGAAAGAGACUUUAUUCCCAGAUGACCCAUUGAGAAAGUUCAAGAACCAACCAGCUUCAAGGAGGUUUGUGCUUGCUCUUCAACAUUUCUUGCCCAUCUUGGAGUGGGCCCCACAAUACACCCUUCAGUUCUUGAAAUCAGACCUUAUUGCUGGGAUCACCAUUGCUAGUUUGGCUAUUCCUCAAGGCAUUAGUUAUGCAAAGCUUGCUAACCUUCCUCCAAUUCUUGGACUUUAUUCAAGCUUUAUACCACCGUUGGUGUAUGCAAUGAUGGGUAGCUCAAGAGAUUUGGCGGUGGGAACUGUGGCGGUUGGAUCACUUCUGAUGGCAUCUAUGUUGGGUCGUGAAGUUAAUCCAAUUGAGAACCCAAAGCUUUUUCUACAUCUUGCUUUCACAGCUACAUUCUUUGCUGGAGCUCUACAGUUAUCACUUGGCCUCUUUAGGUUAGGGUUUAUUGUGGAUUUUCUGUCACAUGCAGCCAUUGUAGGGUUCAUGGGUGGAGCAGCCACAGUAGUUUGUCUUCAACAAUUAAAAUCGAUUCUAGGACUUGAACAUUUCACACAUCAAGCUGAUCUUGUGUCAGUUAUGCGUUCUGUUUUCACUCAAACUCGUGAGUGGAGGUGGGAAAGUGCAGUGUUGGGAUGUUGCUUUAUAUUCUUCCUCCUCGUCACAAGAUACUUCAGCAAACGACAACCAAGGUUCUUUUGGGUGUCAGCAAUGGCGCCUCUGACUUCAGUUAUAUUGGGAAGUAUAUUGGUUUAUCUUACUCACGCUGAGAAACAUGGCGUUCAAGUGAUAGGGGAAUUGAAGAAGGGACUAAAUCCACCUUCAGCAACAGAUUUGGUGUUUGUGUCACCUUAUAUAGGCACGGCCAUCAAAACUGGACUCAUUACUGGUAUAAUAGCUCUUGCGGAAGGAAUAGCAGUGGGAAGAAGCUUUGCAAUGUUCAAAAAUUACCAUAUUGAUGGCAAUAAAGAAAUGAUAGCUAUUGGUACCAUGAAUAUUUUUGGUUCAUUAACCUCUUGCUACCUCACAACAGGACCGUUUUCGCGUUCGGCUGUGAACUAUAAUGCUGGGUGCAAGACUGCAGCAUCAAACAUUGUAAUGGCAAUAGCAGUGAUGUUGACAUUAUUAUUCCUAACACCUUUGUUUCAUUACACUCCUCUAGUGGUACUAGCAGCCAUAAUUGUAUCUGCAAUGCUUGGACUCAUUGAUUAUGAAGCAGCAAUCCAUUUGUGGAAAAUUGACAAAUUUGAUUUUUUAGUAUGCUUCAGUGCAUAUUUUGGAGUUGUUUUUGGCAGUGUUGAAAUUGGCUUAAUAAUAGCAGUUGCAAUAUCUGUACUUAGAGUACUUUUAUUUGUUGCAAGGCCUAGAACAUUUGUUUUAGGGAACAUUCCAAAUUCUGGUGCUUACAGAAAUGUAGAACAUUAUCAAAAUGCACAUCAUGUUCCUGGAAUACUAAUUCUUGAAAUUGAUGCACCAAUAUUUUUUGCUAAUGCAAGCUAUUUAAGAGAGAGGAUCACAAGGUGGAUUAAUGAAGAGGAAGAGAGAAUUGAAGGUGCAGGGAAGACAAGCUUGCAGUAUGUUAUAAUGGAUAUGACUGCUGUAGCAAACAUUGAUACAAGUGGAAUAAGCAUGCUUGAAGAGUUCAAGAAGACGGUCGACAGAAAAGGGCUACAACUCGUUAUGGUCAACCCUGGAAGCGAAGUGACGAAGAAGUUGAACAAAUCAAAGUUCCUUGAUGAAAUAGGACAUAAAUGGGUUUAUGUGACAGUUGAAGAAGCUGUUGGAGUAUGCAGCUUCAUGCUUGGUACACACAAGGCUAACCACAUGAAAGAUGAAUCAGAAGGUUUGAACAGUGUGUAAGAAGAAACAGCAGCAUUGUUCAUUACCAAGUGUUCAUCUUAGCUACUAAUUGCUACCACUAUAGUUUGUGGCAUGAUAGUUUCUGAAUCAUGCUACAUAAGAUAGAGAGGCACAAAUUUGUGCAGGGCUAUUUUUAUUAAUUAAUAAAUUUCUCUAAUUUGCAGCUUAAGUUGGAACUUGGAAGAAUGUUUCCAACAUAGGUUAUUGAAUAUUUAUGUAUCUAAUUGAUUAUCUAUUUUCAAAUAGAAAAUAGUAGUUGUUAUGAAAUUGAAGUGUGUUUUUUUAA